GUGCGCAUGCUCUGUACACCAUUGAGUGGCGCGCGGGAGUACACAAGGAAGCAAGGCAACAAGAAGUACAGCAGGGACUGCUCCACAUUGUCAAUAACGUUUCAUAUUCGUUGUAUUAAACCACACAUAACGUGCCAGCAUGUGGAACCAGGGAGGAUACAGUGAGUCUAGUAUGGUUGGGGGUUACACUCAAUCUCCAGGAGGCUUUGCGUCACCUGCAUUGUCCCAGGGAGGAGAGAAGAAAGGGAGAACUCGCGCCACGCAAAUAAUCCCCUGCACAGUGUCUCAGUUGAUGUCUGCCUCACAGGCUGAUGAGGCUUUCAGAGUAGGAGAGGUGGAAAUUUCCCAGGUCACCAUUGUGGGUGUCAUCAGAAGCACAGAUAAGUCCAUGACCAACAUUCAGUACAAGGUCGAUGACAUGACAGGGGCUCCCAUGGACGUGAAGCAGUGGGUGGACACAGAGGACCCUGGUGUGGACAACACUGUCCUGCCCCCUGGAACAUAUGUCAAAGUCUCUGGAAACCUACGCUCCUUCCAGAACCACAGAUCUGUGGUGGCGUUUAGCAUCAGGCCACUAGAGGACAUGAACGAAAUCACCUCGCACAUGAUGGAGGUCGUCUACGCACACAUGAUGCUCAGCAAACCCCAGACUGUGUCUGGUGCUCCAGGAGGAAUGAGCAGUAACAUCAUGUCCUUGUCACGGCCGGCUGUGGGAAGUAUGGGAGGAAUGGGAGGAAGCUACGCGGGUGCCAACGACAUGGCUAAUAAUGGGUUAAGUGGAAAUCAGAAUCAGGUGUUGAGUCUGAUAAGAGGCUGUCCAGACCAGCAGGGCAUCAGCAUUCAGGACCUGAAGCAGAGACUCGGUGGCAUGAGUAUGGCCGUCAUCAAACAAGCUGUUGAAUUUCUGAGCAACGAAGGCCACAUUUUUUCCACCAUCGACGAAGACCACUACAAAUCAACAGACAACGAUGAUUAGACUUGGAUUACUUGUUUGACUUAACCUGACAAAGUCAUUAGGGUGGACAGUAAGGUGGAGUGUAACUCAAAUCAGCCCAGUCUAAUUCCUCUGACCUCUUUAAUGCAGCAAAACAGAGUGACUUAUCUGUCAAAGUGCUGUAAUGUGGUGGAUGUUAGUCGAAGAACUCGCGUUUUAGGUUUGAUGAGGCCUUUGGUUUACACAUCCUGUAACCUUGAGGUUGCUUCUGCUACUUUGCAAGUCCCAAAUGUGCUGCUGUUGAAGAAGCCAUUGUUGUUAGUUAAUACUAUAGCGCUUCCUCGCCAUCCUAAAACAUUUUGUAAUUUUUAAAGUUUUGGAAUACAGGCACUCAGUUUAUUUUUGUCUAUGUAACUUACGUUGGAAAAAAUUAAAAGAUUAUACACAAUA